GCAGCCGUAGUGCAGAUAGCGAAGAACUGGGAUGGAGCUCGCCUCGGCUCUGCUGGCCUUGGCUGCAGCUCUCCCAGAGAGCGGGACACCCACACGAGAAUCCCAUGCCUGGAUCUCUCUUCAGGGAUGACAUCAUCCGCUCACCCCAGUCUUCAGGGACCGCCUUCUUUGGAUGCCAAGCUGUCACUCAAGCACCUGUGGCGAUACCUGAUGAACAUCUCUACCCUCUGAGGCAAGGAGCAUGGAUUCCUGGAACCCACCAGCAUAACAGAGCAGCCCCCUGUGGACCCCCAGGACCAGAACAUUGAGGGACAAGGGACAAAGAGGAUCAGCAGUGGUCAUCUAGCCUCCCUCUGGGUUCAAGCCUUGAACCAACGCCCUAGUGAGGGGGCAUUGGUCAUGACCUCCGACCUCUGUUCUGCUUGUGCCUUGAAUCUGAGCCCUUCCCUGUGUGUCUCUGCUUGUGUUCAUCUGCCAGUGAACUGGAGUGCUUCCCUCCCCAAGGGAGGUCGUCCCUUGUGACUGACCAUGUUGUCCUCACAAUGUCCUGAGCAGAAGGAUCCCUUUGGGAACCUCUCAGGAGGCGGGACCUGGGCCAGGGGCCACCAGCAUCGUGCUGGUAACUCCGUGGGUGGGGGUGCGGUGCUUCAUGAAUGAGCAUGUGGCUGACCCCCAAAGGCAUGCCCCCCCUUCACCCACCUUCUUGGAGAUAUCCCUUCAUUUGGGGGUAACGGGGACAUUAGGAGCAACCUCCUAGGGGUGUUGUGAGAAUUAAAUGAUGCAGAAGAGCCUGAGGCAGGGCUGGGCAGACCCCUCAGCAGUGUUUGUUGAAAGGUGUGCAAGGUGGCUGUCCUCCCACCCGCGAGCUCUUCUCACUCAUCUCAUCUAUCCUCCCGCGGCCCCUGCACAGGGCUCUCCUUGCACCAGGUAGGGGCUCCAAAAGACAGCAGGCCGCUCGGGAGACUUUGAGUAGGAACUCGAGUCACGUGUGUGGCCAUUUCCAGAGCACUUUCUAUUGUAACGUGUCUAUGUUGUUCCUAUGUGAUAUGCGUGUGCAAAGUGGGGAGGCAUCAUGUCUAGAGAGGGGUGAAUUGGCGUUGACUUUUCAUGAUUUUAAAGAGGUAGGUGGGAAAGAGAACCUGUGGAGAACCACCCAGCCUCACUCGUGGGCUGGACUGAAAUUUACACUAAGAAUUUUGCCACAUUGUUGGCAAGAGAUGGGGUCAGAGUUGAACCUGGGUGCCACUGUGGCUACCCCUGAUGGUUCCCUGCUCUGUCCUCAGCCUAAAGUUCUUCUAAGAGUCCUUCUAUUUCAUACCAGACACAAUGGUAAAAAGUCUGAAAUCCUAGUUUCCCAAGGGAGCUGCUGGGGAGCUGCUUGGGGAGCUGCUGGGGGAGGGGGUGUCCCAAGUCUGGUAGCAUGUGCUGACUUCAUCUGUUAGUAACGGUAUGAUCUUAAACAAGUCACUUAAUGUCCAAGUUUCAGUUCCUUUCACACCUUUAUAGGGAUUAAAAAAAAAGAAAAAAAAAAGAAAGGGGGAGGGGAGGAAGAAAAGAAAAAACAAAGAAAAGGAAAAGAAAAAAGAAAAAAAAAGAAAACGAGUUCAUCUAUCCAAUAGGGUUCUUUUAAGACCAAAUGCCAAACCAUGUAACUCACAAGAAAGUGCUUUAGAAACUGGCAUGAAAUUGCAAAAAUACUUACUAACCAAGGAGGCUGUCCCUACUGCCCACUGUCUGGUCCUAUUCUUGCUCACAAUAGGGAGCACCCAGUAGGUGCUGGGUGUAUUUGUAUUGAAUAGAUAAAUUCCAGAAUUAAAAAAAAAACCCAUAGAAUUAAUUCAACAAACAUUUUCUGAGACACUGACCAUGUGCCCGGCGCACCAGGCUACGGCUGAGGUACGAAGAUAAUGAGAAUAGCCUCUUUUUGAGGCUAAUUGGGACCCUCAUUUUAUCCGCACUUUCUUUGGUCGCCUUUUAAACCAACGAGUUUUGUCCAGACAAGACAAAAAAAUAACUGGGCUGCUUUAGGGAAGCCCAGUUUGGAGUGGACAAUAGUGUCCAGGCCUCUGAAAGGGGCUGAUUGGAUUAGAGGCAAAUAGAGGCAGGAGGAGGACUUAGAAGUUGACAAAUGCAGGGGGCGGAGACCCACUCUAAUCCAGGCUAUUAGGAGGAACCCUUUUCAUCUUCCAGAGUGGCCAGUGGCUCUCACCAUUGCCCAUUCCAUCCUUAAUGCUCAGCACACAGGGAUACAGGGGCUACCCUGGUCCUUCUCUUGCCACUGUCCAUUCAUUUGAUGCUCACAACUCCCUGUCCUGAUCCAGGGCCGGCCUGCCAUCUCCCAGGGAAGCAGAGGUUGCCAAGUGGUUUUCGAAUGGGCGCCCCUCCCCAUCAUUGUCUUCAUGACCCUCUUCCGUUCUAGCAGUGGACAUGGACCUGUGUCAAGCCUGUACUUCCACCCGGCUUCUCGAGGCCUGUCUACACUCGCUGCUUUCCUUCCUCACCUCCAAUUUCCCCUCCAACCCACUGCUUCCUGAUCCGCUCUUCUCCAUCGAACGGCUCUCGCGCAGGCCUGUCGCGUCUUCCUGUGCCAUUUCCUGUUAUGCUCAGGUUCUACGAGCCGCCCAUCUCCACAGAAGAGCAGGUGAGGCCGCUGCGUGUCUUCAUGCGUCUGGCAUUGUGCACCAGCCAUACUGGCUGAAGAGCAAAGGACGGAGGACCCCGGGACGCCCAGCGCGAGGACCCCAGGACGCCCAGCGCGAGGACCCCAGGACUCCCAGCGCGAGGACCCCAGGACGCCCAGCGCGAGGACCCCAGGACGCCCAGCGCGAGGAUCCCACGGCGCUUAGCAGGAGGACCCAUGCCCUCACGACAUGCCACCCUCCUGGAUCAGGCCAAAGUCAUCAGCCAGAAUCCUGCGUGGGACCCUGGACACACGGACACGGACACGUGCCUCCAGGACCCUCCAACUGUAAAUCGAUGGAAGCGCCCUUGUGAGUUGGGGCCUUCAAAGGGCUGAGGAGAAAAUGCAGACCGAGGGACCAGCUUCUCAAAUAGGCUUCAAGCCUCCAUGACCUGAGCUCACCCCCUGGAAAUGUCUGGAAAACAUAAUGGGCAGGUUUUCUGUCUUCAAAGUUUCCAUCUAAACCUCUUCAAGUUCUUUAUUGUUUGGGACUGAGACACUUGGGGAUGGUAAUGGGGACUUUCUUUUGUAUCUGUCUUGAAAGGCCAAAAUAUUUUUAUAUUGCUGUAGACAAAGCCAUCUAUUUACAAAUGAACUCUGUUCUGUCGUUUCCCACUGGGAAGACUGUACCAUGUUUGUGUCUUGAUGUAUUCUGGGGUCUUGAAACAGGUUUCUCAUGGGGAUGGCCAUUCACUGGGGCCCAGAGGGGCAGAAGGGGAAGUGUCUACCCUGCCAAAGGGGUUUGGGGAAGGGGGGCCCUAGUCUCGAAUCUGCUGCUUGUAUGUCUAGGGGUGAGCCCUGGGAGAAUCUGGGGCUAAAAGAACAUAUGCUGUGUUUGCUCCACAUCUGCCAUUUGUGUUUGUUUCUGGGCUAUGGGUUUGCAUACUCCGGUGGUUAACUCGGUGGGAGGGCGUGAAUGCUCUGGGUUUUGUGUCUGGAGGCUGUCUCCCUGGUGCGUGUUACAUCAUAUAACACGCACAUUUAGACGGGUGGGGAAUCAAGCAUGAAGGAAUAGAGAAACAAACAGGUAUAGAAAUGAGGUGAGCAAGUCAGGAUAGGCACACACAGCCGUCAUUCAGUUUCUUUGGUCCUAGGCAAACAAUAUAUGAAUUAAUAAAGUGCCACGCCAAUAUGUAUAUAGGACCCCAUACAAACGGGUAUCAGAUCAGCAUGGGCCUAAGACAUUUUUAAUUAAAGAAGGAAUCUUAAAUGAAAGAAGGAAGGAGACGUGGAACUGUCUAAACCAACACCAAGGUUCCAAGGCCCCUUAAUAUGAACAGUUGGAUGAUGAUGGGAUCCAAGAGAGAAAGAGGCAGGAAAGAAAGAAAACAAACAGAAAAGGAUAAACAGCAGCAGCAACGCAAAAGGGGAUGCGGGACGAUGCAUGGAGACCCCCGAUGGGUUGGUAUCAGGGUGCUGCUUAGUUAAUCUCAUCUGGGCACCCUGGCCCCACGGUGGGUAAGGGACAGUAAGGGAGGAAGCCAGGACACAUAGAAAGUGGUAACAAGGCAGAGAGGUAGUAUAGGAAGAAAAAGAAGAAAAAACAAUCCAUUAGGCCGACAGAUGAGUAGCUUCAUGGGAGAGUUAAGAUUCAAAAUCUGAACACCUAAUUCUACUAGCAGAGACAAAAGGAAAGAAAGCAGGAAGGCAGGGUGGGAGAUGUGAGUGCGUGAAUGAGAAGGAGGCAGGGGGCUGUGCAAGUCACAGGAGGACUUUUUAGGUGGCUCUCAUCCAGCAGCUUAUGUAGCUGAGAAAGACAGUGCGGAGCGGGGCCAGGAAAGAAAUGUAAAUUCUAUCUCAAGAAGAAAAGGUAACAGUGUGCCCCCAGAUCAGUAGAUGAAUACAGAUAGAAGACAGAGCCCUGCUCGGGAUGGGACGGAAGGCUGGGCCAGCAGGCUGGUUAAUUCCCAUCUGUGUUUCUGCGAUGGACAAUGACCCACCCAGCCAAGAGACCUUUCAGGCAUCAAUAUGUCAGGGAGGGCUUCAAUGGGGCUGUGGAGGGGAGGCCCAUUAAUAGGAGAUUAUGAUGUAUCCAAUUAGGCGCACCUGCCCUCUGGAAGGGUAGAAACCAGCAUUGAAAUAGAAAGAAAGACCGAAUGGAUGGCUGCGUGCACGAAUGAAUGAAUGAGAAAAAAGAUUGGCAUUCACUCUAAGGGGGAAGGCGCUGCAGAGCCCAAGGGUCAUCUGAUCUCCCGGAGGAUAAAAGGGCGAAAGAGUGGAGGAAGUAACAAUAAGAUGGGGGAAAAAUGAAAAGACGCGCAGAAGAUAACAAGGGGGACAAUUAUGUCUAGGAGAGAGGGCUUGUUUAACACAAGUCAUCCAUAUUAAUUCAAAAUUGAGGCCCUGGACUGGGGAUGCGGCUCAGGGAUUGAGCUGUUGCUAGCAUGUGCCAAGCUCUGGGUUCCAUCUCAGCGCAGAAAAGCAAACACAAAGAACACAAUUAUGGCCCCCGAUGUUGUAAAUGACGACGAUGACGGUGCUAAUGGUGAUGGAGGGGGAACAAAGAGGUAGAUAAAUUAGAAGAGGGAGGGAUAAAAAGGUUGAAAAUAAUUUAGAUGGACAAACACAUAGGAGAAAAAGCAGUUAUUAGCUAAGUAUUUAAAUACGAUGAAUACAUAUUAUCUGUUGAGUGUGUUAAAUCAUAGAAGUGGAGACUUACCCAUUUAAAAAAAAACAAAUAUUGAAAAGAAGCAAGUUGAAGAGCGAGAACUGAUGCUGCACUUGAAACCGUGUAAUAGCUAAGACUGUGCAAAGGAAUAUAGAACAGAGACAGGACAGACAGACACAAUGAAAAGGUUGGGCAUAAAUGAAUAUACAUGGAGACAUGUGCCUGAGAGGGCCAUACAGGGUUGAGAGGGAGAGAGAGGCAGCAAGAAUUAGGAUUAAUUCAAUACUGGGCUCUUGAGAUAACUAAAUGUCCCCCCGAACCAAAGCGUCAGCACAAGGAAUUAAAGAACAAAAGAGCUGCAGGCAGACCCAUACGGAGAAGGCUUGGGACCCUCAGAUCAUGCUUAAUCUAAAUCUGUGCACCUGAGGUCCAUAAAUAAAAGAAUAAAUAUUGAAAUAAAAGAGUGACAGAAAGAAUGAAUGGGUACACGAAUGACUGAAUUAGAAAUGGAAAUGGCUAGAGCAGCCAGAAAGGAGCUGCCCAUGGGAGUUUUGCUCAUCUUAUGCUGGGCACCUGAGGUCCCUUAGUAAAAAGAUGCAAAGGAGAAGGAGAGAAGGGAAAAGGCACAAGGAGAGAAAAUGAAAGAGGAGGAAAUGAGAGGAAGCAAUAUGGGGAGCCUCACAAGAGAGAGAUCCGUGAGGAUUAGCAAUGAGGGUCUCAUUAAUCCUAAAGAUCGAUGAGGUAAUCCAGUCCCAGGUUCUUAUGGGGAGAGCGAAUGGAGAGAAUUUAAAAAAAGGAUGCAAAAAGGAGAGAAAGAUAAUAAAACAAGCAACAUGAUGAAUGGGUGAUUAAGAGAGGCUGUCGGGACAGAAACGGUAAUGAGUUCCCAUGCAUAGUCCUUAAACAGAUAAAUACAUUACACCUUUCAAAGGACGUGUGAAAAAUCCAAGACCACCAUGGCCCCCAAACAAGAAAGCACCUUCCGUUGUAAUAAAAUACAUGCAGUGGAGGGCCAUAAAUAACAGUAAAUACUUAAAUGUAAAAGGUGAGCAGACACAGGGAAGAAGAUUGCAAGCACAGAUACAUGAGGGAGGCGAUGUUUGUUCUGCACGUGGGAUUUUGAAUAAUACAAUUAUGUUCACAGGAAAUUAAUAGGUGAAAAAAAUCUCAAACUAAGAUACAAGAAGGACAAGGACAGGAAGAGAGACAUGGGAGACAGGGUGGAGGCUCGGGCUGGGCUGGGCGGGCCUUGUUCCAUUCUGCACACCCAGGCUGAUAAAAAUGAGACCAUCAGGAACAGUAAAAGACAGCAGAAAAUUGGGGAGAAGGAAUAGCAAACAACUUGGAAAAAAAAGAAAGAGGGAUUUGGAUUUGCAAAGAGAGGGCUUCAGAGAUCUGACGAUUAUGGUUCAUUUAAAGCUGUGCCAUUGGUGUCCCCAAAGGGAUCAAAUCUUAACGAAGGUUUUUGUGAAUGAGGAGAAGAGGGCAAAAAUAUAGAAGGAAAAGAAGGAGAGGGGAAAGGCAAGGAAAGGGAGGAGGUAGCCCGUGCUGAGCACUGAUUGAGAUUGGUAAUGGAUAGCUAUUGGCCAACCACCCACCACUUCCACACAGCCUAACUGGCUGGGGGCAGCUCACUGAGGAAGGCUUGGACCACCAUUGCCAUUUCCUGGUUGUAUGGGCCAUUUCAUCGUCUGUCAUUUCCUCAGCCUGAAGAUACAUUCUUGCACAGUGCCCUAUCCAUAGAUAUAGAUAGGUGGGAAGGGUUUAGGCCCGGGCCCUGCAGAAGGUUGAAUGUGAAACCCAGUGGGUAUCUUGACCCCUCCCUGGGCAAGGAUUUCUUGUGAGCCUUCUAUGAGGGGGCUUUGCCAACCAAGGGGCAGGAGGAGGGCAGGGGGCAGGAGGCCUUGCCUGUUGCAUAUCAUCUCGCGUGUGAGUUACAUUCGGGGUCUGGUGCAGGGCGGUGAGGGGGACCUGGAAGGCCUGAGCUCCAAGAAGCACUAGGGUGCUUGUUCUUGCAGCUCUCUGACAUGUACCCAGGCGGCGCUAUUCCAUCUCAGCGCAGGGUUCUUGGCAGCUGCUUCGUCCUGGGCUUUCAGACAUGAUCUUGGGUCCCAGCUCCUAGACAUGCCACCCCUGGAGCCCGUUUCAAGGCCUGUCUUCUAGGAUGUUGAAAGAUAUGUUCUGUAACCAACAAAAAGCGCCUUCGUUGUACUGUAUGUUGAAACUUUCUUCUCGCUUGCCCCCAUGGGCUGCAUCGGGGAGACUCGGAGAGUUGUUUGUUCUGGUGUCCCCUGAGACUCUCUGCUUCUGUUCAUUUUUCUUUCUCUGUUAUGGACCAGAUUUGCACAGUUGUAUGUUGUGUGCUUGUGUCUUUCAAUUAAAACGGAGUCAUAACCCCCU